AUGGCUCCAUCCAGCAAGAAACGUGAGAGAGACGCUGAUGAUGAUACACCCUUGCCGGACGACACUUCGGCGGCCUCGCCAACAGAGGCUGGAGGCUCGACGACCAACUUCCGGAACGUGUCGGCGUGCAAUCGAUGCCGAAAUCGAAAGAAUCGCUGCGAUCAGAAAUUGCCCAAAUGUACCAACUGCGACAAAGCCAAGGUCAAGUGUGUUGGCUUUGACCCAGUCAGCAAGCGGGAAAUACCUCGCAGCUAUGUCUACUACCUCGAAACGCGAGUGCGAAACCUGGAAACCAUCCUUGAAGCGAACAGCCUGCCAUUCCCACCGCCCAGCGAGGACUUUGCCAUAGACGAAGCUAUCAAGCCCGGUGUCAACGUUCCUUACCCAGUCCAAGAUGAAGAUGGGCCUCCGCAGAAGAACAUCAAACACGAGGCAGCAUUGGAGACCCGGCCGGCGCUCGACCCAUCACUGAACGAGCACGAUGAGCGGGAGAAACUGGGAAAGCUGGUGAACGAUAUCGGCAUGGUUUCCGUGCAAGGUGCUUCAGAUUCGCGCUUCCUUGGAUCAAGCUCUGGCAUUUCAUUUGCAAGGGUGGUGUUCGCUGCUGUCAAGCGAUCGGUGAAUCAGACUCCUACUCCCUCCGAGAGGAUAGGCACCAAGGCUUCGAAGCUACCGCCCUUGGACGUGGCGGGAGGUGGCACUACUAUGAGAGACUCGUUCUUUGGUUUGCAUUCCAAGCCAACCAUCAAGCCUGCGCCGUUUCCCGAAUGUGAACUGGGUUCUCGACUUGUAGAGCUCUACUUCGAGCACGCGAAUCCACAAAUUCCUGUGCUACAUCGAGGCGAAUUCAUGUCUCUGUUUGAUCGCGUGUACGCAAAAGAUGCUAAGAAGCGAACAUCGAGAGAGCUUUACAUGCUGAAUAUAGUGUUUGCUAUCGGCUCUGGCAUCAUCAUGGACUCUGCGGGCACUGAUCACGCCAGUAAUAGGAGAGAUGACUCGGCGCCUCCCAGCACGAAGCGGCAACGUGUAGCGAACCAUCAGCAUCAGCCAGAAGAGUAUCAUGCAUCGGCCAUUGUACAUUUAGAAAGCUUUUUGGGCUCUUCACCAGCAGCCGAGGGUGUCGGCGGAGGAUUAGAAGAGUUGCAAGCUGUUCUACUACUCGCAGGUCUUGCUUUGUUGCGGCCUGUCGCUCCUGGAUUAUGGUAUAUCAUUGGCGUAGCUGUCCGCUUGUCAAUCGACCUUGGUCUACAUUUCGAGGACGUGGAUCCUCAGCUAUACUCACAGGAGACAAGAUCUGAAGAUCAACGACCGGACUCCAGUGGCCUUGGGCGCAAGCAGUGGACGAGAGACCUGCGACGGAGGCUGUGGUGGUGCGUCUUCAAUCUGGAUCGGCUGGUGUCUUCCUGUGUUGGCCGACCAGUCUCUAUCAGUGAGGCAGUCGUGACCACCGAAUUCCCAAGUAUGUUGGACGAUGCCAAUAUCACGCCUGCCGGCUUCCUCAAACCUCUUAGCGCGGAGGGACUCCCCAGCUACAAGCUUGUUAGCAGACAUUACAUUCGACUUCGACUUCUGCAGUCAGAGAUCUUGCAGGUCUUGCAGCAUCGACAGGCAGAUCAGGCGCGGCAUAUGGGUGCUCAUAGAUCGAAUCCAUUCGUACAGUUUGGCCAGGAGUCGUCCUUUAUGCGCCCUUUCCGCUCCUUUCGUGAAUGGCGGGCCGAUGUCGAUGCACGGUUGUGGGAGUGGAAGGAAUCAGCGCCUCAGCCAUUUCACACUGGCGUUGCUUUCAAUCCGCUCUUUUUGGAGCUCAACUACUGGCAAGCUAUCAUCAUGCUGUAUCGCCAGUCUCUUACAGUGCCUGAGCCGCUAGCGGGUGAACUUAGCCCAGCCACUGGAGAUGAUGUGCAAAGUCCCGGAGCGGUGAACCUCGAGCAAGAAGAAGACAAGCAGAUGGUGUUCCUAAAAGUUGCGCAAGCUGGCCAGACCGUGCUCAAGACCUAUCGUCAAUUGCACAGGCUGAGGCUGGUGAAUUACACAUUCUUAGCUACGCAUCACCUGUUCAUGAGUGGCAUCUCAUUCCUAUAUGCCAUCUGGCAUUCGACAUUGGUACGAUCACAGCUUACAAUUGAUGAUGUCGACUUCACCGUAUUGGCUGCGACAUCGGUGCUUAGUGACUUGGUCGAAACAUGCCCGCCAGCAGAAGCUUGCCGCGACGCCUUUGUGCGGAUGAGUAAAGCCACAAUAUCGAUGGUCAUGAGCACGACAGGUUUCGGCAACGCAUCGACGCUUGGCACACAGCCUCUGAAUCAUCCAGAUGGAUACUUUGGAGGUCGGAGCAAUCCACAAAGGACCCCAGAACAGCAGACAGCGCCUCCGCCGAAGAGACCAAUGCCCAGAUUUGACAUGAACUUGAAGGACCUGUUCUCUGAAGAAGAAAUAGCAAGCCGACCCGUGACGCACCAGCCCGAGCUCCAAGGAUUUCUCAGGCCAACUCCCAGACAGCCGCCACUGUCUCCGCACCUUCCAGCAAAUGCAACAAGCCCCCACAGCACAGAAGGCGCCUCCCACUUCUCCCCACGGGCAGAGCACUCUUCCUCACAGCACGGGCGAACAUCAAGCACAUCCUACCAAACACCAAACCAGCAGCCAUAUCAGCCAUUUGCAGAUACCAUUACGCAAGCACAGCCAGAGUAUUCCUUUGACAAUCUAGACUUCUUGAAUGACUUCCCGGUGACAGAUCCCAGUACCGCGAUCUGGGGCCAUGCGAGCAGUGACAUGGACCUUGGCUUUGGAAAUGGAGGAACCGCUGGAUUUGACGGAAGUGGAGCCUGGGAAGCGAAUGGAGAGCUAUUUGAUUCCUUCUUCUUCGGAAGUGGUGGGAACGGCUACUGA